UGUUUCGCUAAAGCUGGGGUUUUGACGCAAUGAAUCAGCCCGCAUAGCAACGAGGUGAAGAUUAACAAUUUAUUUCCAAUACUGAAUAGAACAUGAUUAUAUUAUGAGACAUCUUACGCCCACAUUACCUUUCCUGUCAUGGCUACCGACGAAAGUUAUGCUGAGCUGAAACCAUUCAAACCCAAAUCCGUCACCUCAAACCCGCAAACCCCGCAACGAUCUCUCUCAUCUACUUUCUCUCUUUCACCAUCCACUACCUUGCGCAGCGAUGAAGAGUAUCUCGUGUUCGAACUGGGUUCCCGCUUUUUGCGUGCCGGGUUUGCUGGGGAGAGCAGCCCGCGGUGCGUAAUCGGUUUUGGUUUGGAAGAACAACGGAGAGUCGGAGAUUACAGACGCUGGCAGCCAGAUUUCCAAGGCACGGGAAGGAAGAGAAGACACGGAGAAACAUGGGGUCAGCAUCAUGAGCUCUGGCGUAUGGACCUUUCAGAUCUGGAUCUACAGCUCGUCGGAGACAAGAUUGAAAGGGCCAUAAGAGAAGCUUACGCCAAAUACUUGCUUACGGAUUACAAGCCUAGGAGAGCUGUUCUUGUAUUACCAUCUGUCAUGCCUCAUGCAUUACUAUCAACGGUCCUCUUGACCAUGUUUUCCAAUUUCCAGAUUCCCAGCAUGACGCUGGUAUCUGGUCCUGUCUUAAGCACUCUCGCUGCGGGACUUCGCUCAGCUCUCGUGAUUGAUAUCGGCUGGGCAGAGACAAUUGUAACGGCUGUAUUUGAAUAUCGAGAAGUCCUUCAACGUCAGACUCAGCGCGGCGUCAGAUUGGCCAGUGAAGCAAUGGGCGAGUUGCUGUCAACCGAGGCCAAAGGAACAAGUAUAGAAGCCUCGCAAAGCCAGCGGUUGAACCAACAAAUCGGAGUUUCUUUUGAGGAGACGGAGGAAGUGUUUUGCCGAAUGGCCUGGUGUCGAAGCUCAGUCGACACCCAAGCUCCUGAGACUGACGAUCCCAUCGUGAAUAUUCCAUUGAAAUCGACAGAGCCUCCGGUAAAAUUAGGACUGAAAUUUUCCCGCCUUGGAGAACCUGUGGAAACAGCUUGCUUUGCUUCCCACCAAAAAUUGCAGGAUUUAGAUGACCAUGAAUUGCCAAUCCACCAACUUGCCUACAACACUCUUCUCUCUCUUCCAAUUGAUGUCCGUGGGACAUGCAUGUCUCGCAUAGUCCUGACAGGUGGAGGAUCAAAGAUACCUGGAAUCAAGCGACGAAUCCUGGAUGAAAUCAAUCUGCUCGUGCAGAAAGGGGGAUGGGAUCCUGUCAAAGGCCAAGCGGCGGAAAUAAGAAAGAAGAAGUUCGAGAACCUCACUCAAGAGAAGGCGACUCAGGUAUCGAUGGAUAAUAAAGUCGAAUUAGGCGAAAAAGCGGAAAUGCCUUCGGAUCAGACCGUCCCUGCGGCGAAUUCUGAGCAAACCUCGGACCCUAUCACGGAGAAAUUGGUCCGGGAAGAAUCAAAGCAUGCGAAGCCAUAUAUCCAGGGAGUCGUGCGAGGUGUUGAGACUUUAGGUCCUUGGGCAGGCGGAAGCCUCAUGGCGAGUCUUAAAGCUCGUGGGACUGUAGAUGUUGAAAAGGAAAAAUUUCUUCAGCAGGGUCUUGCCGGCGCAAGCAAGGAAGGCGAUAUCAAAGGCAACUUCCAGAGAAUGAGUUUAGGCGCGGCCACUCCACGCGCUGGCGGCGCAGAACGGUCAGGCUGGACUCUAGGGCUUUGGGCAUAGGACUGUGGAUAGUGAAGCACGCUUGAAGAUCCGUGUUGUAUGGUAAAGGAUACCCCAAUUGAGUUUUAACAAUAGCUGGUGGAUCGUCAUAUUAUAGAUGUCGCAAGCAUUUACAAACGUUUUCUUUCUUAAUACGCCCAGCUUUUGAUGGUUGUUUUGAGAAGGUGCGUGCUCGUUAAGCAUUCGUUCCUUCCUGGAGCAUUAAUUUUGAUAUCAUACUGGGAAGCACG